UAUUCUUGAGUUAUAAAAUUGGUUUUCAAAAUCAGGAACCGAGAUGUCGACCACAACAGCUCUUCAACAGCAAGUUUUUGCCUUGGAUGCAAGAUAUAAUGCUCAUAGAGUUCCGCAAAGCCCAAAUUUUCGAACACUAUACAUUAGACGUAGGAACCAGCUGUUGAGAGAGGCCUCAAGACCAACUGACAGAUGGAAACAAUACAUCAAAUUGCGAUCUCUACUUCUACAACAGAGAUAUGGGAAUGCAAAAGCUGAACAACAUAGCUCUUCAAACAGUUUAUCUCUUGCUGGUAGUCUCAGAUCGUUAACAAUCAGUGAAUCAACAACACCCAUUCGUUCUCCGUCUGGAUCUGUGGUUCCAACAAAAGAAGCAGAAGCUUCAAGAGCUAUCGUUGGUGGUAAUACAAUAGCAGAAAAUUAUGCAUUUGUGGGUGUCCAACACAUUUUUGAUCAACACACUAAUGGUGUAACGAUGAUAAAAUUUGCAAAUAAUGAUAAGACUAGACUGUGUUGCUCAUCCCUGGACAAGACUCUAUCGGUCUGUGAUUCCCUAGGAACACCUCCUACCGUGCUGGCUAUACUGAAAGGUCAUUCUAAGGGAGUCACAGGAUUCGAUUGGUCAAUAAACAAUGAUCUUAUUGUUAGUUCCUCACUUGAUGGAACUGCCAGAGUAUGGAAAGUAGCGGAUUUCAAUUGUUUGAGAACCAUCAAUGAUCCUAACUUGUUCCCGAUAUUAUGUUGUUUGUUCCAAACAAGUAACAAUAACCUAAUACUAACAGGAAACGACAGAGGUGAACUAAGAGUUGCAAAUGUUUCUACAGGCAGAUUUUUGAAGGAUGUUUGCAGGAUAGGAGGGAGUAUAUUGAGUUUGACUUCUGACACUAAUGGUCGUGUGUUUUGGACAGGAAAUGAUAAGGGGGAAAUAAUGUCAGUAUUUUGCGAAUCGAAUGGAUCCCUUACCAAACUGAAAAAACUAAACUUACCUUCAAGUUGUUUGGUAACGAGCAUAAGCUACAGGACAUGGAUUAGUAGAGAAGCUAGAGAUCCACUUCUACUUGUAAAUGCCACAGAUGAUUCGAUCUAUUUGUUUAAUAUCAUCGAUGCAGAAGGAAAUCUGAGAUUGAAAAGAAAAUUUCAAAAUAGUCAGAGGAAAUACAUCAUCAGAUCUACUUUUUGUCCAAUAAUGUCUUUCAGACAAGGAGCGUGUGUAGUUACAGGAAGCGAGGACGGAAGCGUUUAUUUUAUUGACAUCGUAAAAAGUGGAAAAAAAUGCAUUGUUAAUACUUUGCAAGGACAUUCGAGUGCAGUCCUCGGCAUCAGCUUCAACUAUGAUGAAUCGCUCUUAGCCACGAGUGAUUUACAAGGUCUUAUUAUCAUUUGGAAAAAGGGCAAUGCAUGAUUAACCUACAGUAUUAUUGUUUUGAUUCAAUACCUUUUUUAUUAUAUCUAAUAUAACUGAUGAGAAUAAAAAUAUUCAUCGUAUUAA